GCGCGGAACCGGGAGGUGGGCGGCGAGGCGGGCGCUGCGGGAUGCGCUCCCCCCGCCGCCGCGGGGGCACCGGGCAGCCCCCCGCGCCCGUGCCCAGGAUGCUGGCGCUGUGCCUGCUGUCCCUGGCCUGGCUCAGUGAGGGCUCCCAGCGCAGUGAGCCCAUGUUCGCCGCUGUCACCCACCGACUGCUCCCACCUGACUACGACAGCAACCCCACACAGCUCAACUAUGGCGUGGCUGUAACCGACCUGGAUGCUGACGGCAACUUCGAGAUCGUGGUGGCUGGGUACAACGGCCCCAACCUGGUGCUCAAGUAUGACAAGGUGCGGGGACGGCUGGUCAACGUGGCAGAGGAUGAGCGCAGCUCCCCUUACUACGCGCUGCGGGACCGGCCGGGCAAUGCCAUCGGCGUGACGGCAUGUGACAUUGAUGGGGAUGGCCGUGAGGAAAUCUACUUCCUCAAUACCAACAACGCUUUCUCCGGCAUGGCCACCUACACGGAUAAGCUCUUCAAGCUCCGCAACGGGCGCUGGGAGGACCUGCUGAGUGACGAAGUGAACCGUGACGUGGCCAGCCGCUUCGCCGGGCGCUCCGUCGCCUGCGUGGACCGCAUGGGCUCGGGCAGGUACUCCAUCUACAUCGCCAACUACGCCAGCGGCAAGGUGGGCCCGCACGCCCUCCUGGAGAUGGACGUGGCUGCCAGUGACCCUGCCCGCGGUGUCGUGGUGCUGGUGGAUGUGGCUGCCCAGGCUGGCGUCAGCAAGUACACAGGGGGCCGUGGUGUGGCUGUAGGCCCCAUCCUGAGUGACAGUGCUUCUGACAUCUUCUGCGGGAAUGAGAACAGCCCCAACUUCCUCUUCCACAACCGUGGGGAUGGGACAUACCGGGACGUGGCAGCCGUGGUGGGGCUGGAUGACCCCUACCAGCACGGACGUGGCGUGGCAUUGGCUGACUUCAACCGCGAUGGCCGUGUGGACAUUGUCUAUGGCAACUGGAAUGGGCCACACCGCCUCUACCUGCAGGCGGGGGCUCCCGGGCGCGUCCGAUUUCGGGAUAUUGCCACCCCCAAGUUCUCCAUGCCGUCCCCCGUCCGCACUGUCAUCGCUGCCGACUUUGACAAUGAUCAGGAGCUGGAGGUCUUCUUCAACAACAUUGCCUACCGUGGCUCCUCCGCCAACCGCCUCUUCCGGCUCAUCCGCAGGGAGCACUCAGACCCCAUCGUAGAAGAGCUAAACCCAGGGGAUGCGCUGGAGCCCGAGGGACGGGGCACAGGGGGUGCUGUGACAGAUUUUGAUGGUGAUGGAAUGCUGGAUCUGAUCCUGUCCCAUGGUGAGUCCAUGGCACAGCCACUCUCCGUCUUCAAGAGCACCCAGGGUGUUGGCAACAACUGGCUGCGGGUUGUGCCACGCACCCGCUUCGGGGCCUUUGCGCGGGGGGCCAAGGUGGUGCUGUUCACACGGCGCAGCGGUGCCCACCUGCGCAUCAUCGACGGUGGCUCGGGGUACCUGUGUGAGAUGGAGCCUGUGGCACACUUUGGACUGGGGCGUGACGAGGCCAGCAGCCUGGAGGUGACAUGGCCUGAUGGCCGCAUCCUGGUGCGAGCAGUGGCCAGCAGCGAGACCAACUCCAUCCUGGAGGUUCCCUAUCCCCGGGACACAGAGGAGCCGCCAGUACCCGCCUUGCUGGAGACACCAAUGAGUGUGCUGAGUUCCCCUUUGUCUGCCCCCGGGACAAGCCCAUCUGCAUCAACACCUACGGCGGGUACCGCUGCCGCAGCAACAAGCGUUGCGCCCGCGGCUUCGAGCCCAAUGAGGAUGGCACAGCAUGUGUGGCUCAAGUGGCCUUUUUUGGGGGAUACCCCUCUGCUGGGAGCUGGCUCUGGGCCCUCCAAGGUGUUCUCCUCCCUCUGGGCUUCGGACUCUGCCUUUGCCUCUAUGCACUUUAACCCUGCCAGUAACACCCAAGCAGCCUUGGCGAAGGAGCGGCCAGCCUCUGCCCGUCUCUUUUUCUCUCUCCCCAUGUGGAACUGCCCUGGACGGGCAAGGGACCUCAGCACCGUCCCCAUGCUGCAGCCCGGGACUGAAGCCCCAGCGCUCCCUCCACCUCGCCGGCUCCGUCGCCUCGAUCCCGUGCCAUGUGCCUGCUGGUUUGGCCUGCGCCACGUGUGCUUCACCCAUCCCCUCUGCCCCUGGGGGGUACCCCCGGCAGAGGAGGCUGCCCCCAGCCCAGCAGGGGAAAGCCCUCCCCCCGUUUGUUUUUUAACUUCUUGACCCUGCUGUUUGGAGUUGGACCCUGCUCAGUCUUCCAGCCCAUCUCCUGGAGAAUCCCCCCAAUAAACUGUAUACUGUCUAUUUGCUGGCUGGGAUGAGCUCAGGCUUCCAGCAGGGUGGGAGCCACUAUUCUGCC